AAACCCCGAUACGUCGUUCCCAUUCAGUUGCUGCUGUAGCCUUAAACCCUUGUUUUUGCACUGAGACGGAAUGGGUUUCUUCGACUUCAAUAUACCAUAUUCGGAGGCCUUGCCGUCUGAUAAGGCUACUCGGAUCAAGCUAGCCACCAUGGCCAUGGAGCUCGGUUACUCUGGAGUUGCCUACAACCGUACGAUCAAGGGCGUGAUGUCCGAUCGUGACCGUUGCUCCAUUCCCCUUCUUACUCUCUCUUCUCUCCUCAAGCUCUCUCCCUCUCUCGCCUCCUCUGUCUAUUUCCACCGUGAUCUUCUUGGUGUCCCACGCGCCUCCCCUUUCCGACAAUACACGCGCCUCACCGUCAAUGCUGAUAGUCCCUCUCAGGCUCAGGUUCUCAAUUCUGGAAACCCUAUUUUGAAGACUUACGAUUUGGUCUCUGUCAGGCCCUUGAAUCAGACCAUCUUCGAUCAGGCCUGUGAAAGAUUGGAGGUAGAUAUUAUUGCGAUUGACUUCUCAGAAAAGCUGCCUUUCCGUUUGAAGCUGCCCAUGGUUAAAGCUGCUAUUCAGCGUGGUGUGUUUUUCGAAAUCACCUAUUCAAACCUCAUUACUGAUAUUCAAGCGAGGAGGCAAAUGAUAACAAAUGCUAAGUUACUUGUAGAUUGGACUCGAGGGAAGAAUCUAAUUAUCUCUAGUGCUGCCUCUUCUGUUUUUGAACUAAGAGGGCCAUAUGAUGUUGCGAAUUUAUCAUUUCUGCUAGGGCUCGCUCUUGAACAAGCGAAGGCAGCUGUUUCCAAAAAUUGUAGGGCUCUUAUAACCAAAGCUUUGAGAAAAAAACAAUUUCAUAAAGAUGCCAUCAAGGUUGAAGUGAUAUCAUCAGGAGAGCAAGUUGAAUCUAAUAAACCCUGGUCUAGUGACUUGUUUAAAUGGGAUCCCAUCUCUAGUGGUGAUGGUGAUUUGCUGUUGGAGGAUCUUGAAAAGUCUUUUGCUGCUUCCAAUAAUGUAUCCAAAAAUUCGAAAGCCAUUGAUUUCACUUCCAUCAUUGGUAGUUUACCCUCACAUGGAUUUCAAGUAAGGGAUUUGAUAUCUGGAGACUCACAUGAUAAUAGCAAAAAUGUUCAUUUUGUUGCUGAAGCAACUGCAUUACCAGUUUUGAGAGAUGGAGACUUAGAACAGCGCAACAGGCUUGAUCUUCCUAAACCAAGUGUAACUUCGAUGUAUGAAGCCCUAUUUAAACAGCAAUCCUUUGGAAAUCAAAAUUCUCAAGUUUUAUAUUCUACUGAUACUACAAAAGUUUUGCCAGAUUCUAUAGAGAUUGGAUCAUUGACAACAAGCAUGAAGGCAGAAACAUCUAAUCCAAAUGCAAUAGAUGAUCUGAUGAAUGAGGACUUAUUAAUUCAAGAAGCAUCUUUGCCCUUGAAUAAUUUGGCUUUACAUGAAGAGGAACAGUCUGAGAAACCUGGGUUUGUUCCGCUUUUAGAGGAUAAUAGCCCAGUAGCCAAUUGUGAACCAUUAGAUGCGAAAAUGGAAGAUCAAAUUGAUGCAGAAUGCAGUCAUCUAUCCUUGGUUCGAUCUUCACCAGUGGAAUUGAAAGCGAAAAGAAAGAUGCGUCGUCAAGCUUUGUUACUUCCUCUCAAGCGCAGGUUGAGUACCUCUCCUUUUAAGAAAAAGUCUCAUAAAAGCAAAAGAAAAAAUUAAAGUAGGUCUAGUUUUUCCAACUGCAUUGUCUAUGUUGACAAUUGUCAUUCAUCACAUAGGCAAUUACUAUGUGUCUUUCUCUUGUCCUGCACCUUGGGUUUGCAAUUCACAUCCCAGUGCUUUUAUAUAACAAAUUUUGUUAUUGUGCUGCUCUCAAUUUUGGAAGUACUAUAAAAUCUCUUGGUUAAUCAGGAAACUAUCCAAAAUAUUCAGUGUUAUGAUA